UCCAACACCCGGCAAAACGCAAAAGCCUCAAAAUCCAAAAACGCAACAUCAGAAUCUCGGCUAGUGUCGUCGCCGGUAACCAUGGCGGCUCUGCAGCAAUCUCCGGUUGCACUUCAAGCUAAAACUCCACUGUCGGCACGGGUCUCCGGUAAAACCCUAGCCUCGAGACCAAUCCGAUUGUCGUUCUCCGGCAGCUUUUCAUCCCUCAAACUCCCGAAACUCGCUGCCAAGACCAGGUUUCGACGCGGAGCCGGAGCGGCCGGAGCAACUAUGUUGGACACGGCCGCGGCGAGCUACGCCUCCGCCUUGGCCGAGGUUGCCAAAUCGAACGGAACACUGGACUCAACCAGCGCAGACAUGGAGAAAGUGGAGAAGGUCUUCAAGGACUCUCUGGUAUACGACUUUUUCGCGAAUCCAACCAUCAGAAGCGAGAAGAAGAGCCAAGUGAUCGACGAGAUUGCUCAAUCGUCGAGCUUGCAACCACACACGGCGAAUUUCUUGAAGAUUCUGGUGGACAUGAAGCGGAUCGAGCUGGUGAAAGACAUCGUGAAGGAAUUCGAGCUAUUCUAUAACAAAUUGACGAACACGGAGCUGGCGAUCGUGACUUCAGUGGUGCCGUUGGAGUCGCAGCACUUGGCGCAGAUAGCGAAGGGAGUGCAGAGGUUGACGGGGGCAAAGAACGUGAGGAUCAAGACCGUGCUGGAUCCGUCGCUCGUUGCAGGGUUCACGAUCAGGUACGGGAACUCUGGUUCGAAAUUGAUCGACAUGAGUGUGAAGAAGCAACUGGAAGAGAUUGCGAGUCAACUCGAUUUCAGUGAAAUUUCGCUCGUUUGAAAAAUUUGUAUUGAAAUCAAGGACAAUGUGUUAGGAUUUGAACCCUUUCAAAUUUUAGAAGGGAUUCUUCACAUGGAUUAGGAUCAAUGUGAUCAUUUGAUCAAUGUUAAUGGAGCCUUCUAUUUCUUCAAUAUAUUUGUUUUUUUUCUCAAUUCAAGUGUGUAACUUUUGUGGAAAUGCAAUUCAAAUAUGUAUCUGAA